AUUUUUCUCUUCCCUCUCUACAGCCCCGAUGCUCGAAUGCAUUGACCUCUGCAACAGCAUCAACAGCCACAAAAAGGACGAACCAUCUGGCAGCAGUAACGAACUGGAGAAGUACAAAUUCGAUUGAUUCGACUGUGCACAAAAGACAAAUUCAACCAGUGAUUGCACUAAAGGACCUCCACUAAGACCUCGGUUGAUGUGUGGUUCUGUAUUUAUGAGACACAGCACAGCCUCCAAGUGAAGUGAACACUCGUACCGCCCGUAGUGAAGUGGUCAUGAAAUUAAAUUAAGUAUAUUUGAAGCGAUUGAAGUGCCGUGAGCGUUAAAGAUCGCAAAGACAGGAUGCUGCCGAGCGCUAGCGAACCGGUGGUCCGGGUCGCGCCGUACGGCCACGAGUGCCCAUUAGUGCUCGAAAUGAAGGGGUCCACCACUGUCAAGGGUCGAGGGUGGAGGCCACUUUGCCGGUGAACGAGCAGGCCGUGUACUGCUUUCCAUCUCACACCAACGCGCGCGCGCGCUCCAGUUUGCGGUCCCGGAAGGACGAGCAACGAGCCGUCACUGCAGAGCUGCCGAUCCCGGGCCGGCCCAAGACAAAGGGGGAGGGAGGAAAAAAGGAACAACAGAAAGCGGAGCUAAAGGUGAGAAGGAAAAAUCGCUACCCAUUAGUCACAAUCGCGGGCAGCGGAAGCGGAAGUAGCAGCGGAAGUCGCAAGCGGAAGCGAAACGGUGCUGCCACGGAACCGUGACGGCAGCUACGAGCACAGGACAAAGACCCCAAAGACGCAAGACAAAAAACACAUUCUGGAAGCGAGCCGUACGAUGGAUUCGAGUGUGAAGAGAGCCAACAUUAACGCCAACGGCACAGAACCUUACGUCAUUGGGAAAUAGGCGGAAAAUGGAGUGCAGUGCAGUGCAGAAAAGUGACAAAAUUAGCAACAGCCAAGGAGCGAGUGUGUGUGUGUAGUGACGAGUGAAAAAUAGCCAAAAGGUCGUGAAAAAGGUCCCGGUAACAAAGAAAGCAACACAAACCAAGGAGUGGCAUCCUUUUUGCACAAUACGCACAGUACGCGAACCGAGUGUACAGAAAUACACCAGAAUAGAGUGUGUGUGAGAGAGAGAGGGAGUGAGACACCGCAACUGGGACCUUAGGCAAAGUUUUCGGUGAUAAUUUUCUUUCCCUCCCCGUCUGGUGCACCGGUGGGGAGUUUGCCGCCGACGGCAGGAAACGAUUUGCCAACGGGCACUCGCUAAUGGUGCCUAUGAUGGCGCUGAAGAACAACAGAUCGCGUGGCCGCCGUCGUGAGGCGGGAGUGCGGGGCAACCGGUGUGGCUGUGGCGGCAUCGCCAGCGACUGUAAUCCGUUCAUUUCCACACCAUCGGCCGUAUUUUCGCGAACUUUGCUCGUUACCUUUCUGCUGAUGACGUUCAACGUGAACGUGUGCCAGGUGGUGGAGGCCGCGGCCAGUGCCAGUGCCAGUGCAGCUGCCGGAAUUGAGCGACGACCGAGCGGGGAUCUGCAGCGGCCCGACGGUCUUAAAAUGCAUCACCACGGAAUUGCGUCAGCAGCGUCCCCGGGCUCUCUGCAGCACGCCACCGCCGGCACGUCCACGGCCUCAUCGUCGGGCUCGGCGUCCGCAGCGGCCCUGGUCGCUGGAGGACUCGCGUCACCGUCGUCCUCGCUGACAGGGCCAGCCGAAAAGCCGUACUUUGACGAUGUCAACUCGCGCAACGUUACGACGGUCGUGGACGACACAGCAGUUCUGAAAUGUCGCGUCAAGCACAAGGGCGAUAGAACGGUGUCCUGGAUGCGCAAGCGGGACCUGCACAUAUUGACGUCCAACAUCUACACCUACACCGGCGAUCAGCGCUUCUCCGUAAUCCAUCCGCCCGACUCGGACGACUGGGAUCUGAAAAUUGAGUAUGCACAGCAGAAAGAUAGCGGAAUUUAUGAGUGUCAGGUGAACACGGAGCCGAAAAUAAAUCUCGCCGUUUAUCUGGACGUCACAGAUGAACGAGAGUUUGCCCAAGAUUUCUCCAAGUAUGGUCCAAACACUGGAGGAAAGCACUUUAUCGGUGCCAUUGGACUAGAUUUUCUCUCAACAGCCGCCCGUGCUAAGAUAAUCGGCUCCCAGGAGGUGCACGUGAAGAAGGGCAGCACCAUCUCCCUGUCGUGUGUUGUGAAUGUCCAUGCGUCGUCCAUCUCAUGGUACCAUGGAUCGUCGAUCGUUGACUUUGAUUCGGCCCGCGGUGGCAUCAGCCUCGAGACGGAGAAAACGGAAGGUGGCACCAGCAGUCGGCUAAUGCUAACCAGAGCCACACUGCGCGACUCGGGCAACUACACCUGCGUACCGACCGGUGCAAUAUCCGCCAGUGUACAGGUUCACGUGCUGAACGGUGAACAUCCGGCUGCAAUGCAGACCAGCAGUGGCGUACCGUGUCCAACGCACCAGACACUUAUCCUUCUCUUUGUAUCAUUGAAUAGUUGUAAUGUUAGUAAAUUAAUCUUCUUCAUAUCAAACCUGCUCGAGACGAUGCGUUUCCUGCUCACCACAACGAUCGCCCACUUCCUUCUCCACCUCCGUCGGCUACCAUCCACGCUCGGUGCAGGGCGCACAAAGUCCACCCGCUUCGUACUACUGACACUGGCCACGAUUGGCACUCGGCUGCGAAGAACGGCACUGCAGCAACGGCAGCAUCCCGCAGCAUCCCCCUGCUCGGUGCGCACCCAGUCAAGAUGAUCUUCUUCCCGGCGCGGCGAAACAACAGCAACACCGAGCGAUGGCGGCGACGGCGACGUUCUAUGAAUGCCCGGUGGACUUGGCAACGACGGGCCAGCUGAGAUCUCCGAGACACUGAUUGGAACGCACUCACGUCACGUCACGUCGAGCAGCGUAUGCAAUCAACGUGCGCCCACAAUUCAGCAGUGCAAGCAGCAGCACGUUUCGAGUGAGAAACACUGGCAAAAAAGGUAGGAAAAACUUCUGAAUGCAACGGGAAGAUGCAACCGGUACAUAAGGAUGGAAUCACGCGAACGAAUCAUCAUUCUCCCAGUCAGUGUGUGAGUGAGUGAGUCGCGGAGGUGAACUGUAAAUGUAUAAAUGUUAAGUUUCUACUUCAUAAUAAUAAAAAUAAUAUUUAAAUUUAAUGGCAUGCCCCCUGCAGUGAGGAAGUGGAUAAAGGUAACGGAGAGGAAAGAGGGGGGCUCGCGAUUAGUAGGAAAUGGAACAGUCAAAAUGGGCGGAAUGACAGUAAACUACACUAUCUGGACACUAUGAUGUACUGGAUUCGAAGAAUCCUAGCGAGUAAGAUAACCUAGAUAAGUUAGUCAAUAUUUCCCCAUUUUCCCACGCCCAGGAAUGCGGUAAGAUGCGGCCUGCAAAGAAGAAUAAGAAGAAAAAGCAGGCCAGCAUUUCGUUACGGGGCCGCGCCGAAUUUAAGACUUAAACCGAAUGGGACACGGGACAAGCCGUACAACCGUUGUAAGAUAGGCACAGAUAAGACACAGAUACACGAGUGAAACUGCAACCCAGAUCGAUAAACACACAAAUGCGUAAACAUUUUAGUAAGAAAGAGAGCAAACAAUACGAAUGAACACCCCCCAACAAAAAAAGUGACGAAAAACGAGUUUGUGAAAAUAAUAGGUAUAGAAACAUGGAGUAACAUGGACGAAUUAAAUCAAACGUUGGUAAGAAUGGGGGGCAAAGAAGAGGAAGCAGGCGAGAAAUGUGUAAUUAAACAGUAAUCGAACAAAAAAGCCGAAUUUUCUCAACCCUUUCCACUUCAUUUUAGCAAACACAGCAGAUCGAGUGCUCUGAUCAGUGCUACCUAGAGGCACUGGAAGCACAAUCGAUCGAAGGAGACAGAACAUGUAAGGCUAAUCUAGAUCCCAAUUGUAGGCAAUACAGGAAGUCGGAUAAGUAAAGCAGCAGUAAGUAAGAAAGAGCAAACAAGCAAACUUGCUAACGGUGGCUCUAGCACACGAGAGUGAACAAACAGACACGAAAACAAACGAUAACGAUAAAAACCAAACAACAGACAUACAGAGUUACAAAGAAAAGGGUAAAAAACAGAACAGAAACAAUGAGAAGCAAAACGCAAACUACAAACUGAAAUGGUUUUCUUUUGACACAUAUUUUAUCCCAUGGAGCAGGAGGAAGCCGAUGGAAAGAAGUAAACGAAACAAGAACAUAAAUCAAAUAAUCUCUCUGUAUAAAUCAAAACAACAAACAAACCAAAACACAAAUAAAUCUAACAAAAACUACAACAAUCAUCACUUGUGGAGAGUGUGGCCAGUAGCAGAGGGACACUUGUGCAGAAGUGGACAGCUGGACAGUGGAGGAAAGAGGAAACAGAGAACACAAACCAUUAUCAUCAUUCGUUAAAUGGCAAACCCGGUUCACGUGUGAUGGUUCAUAAACAUUGAAAAUAAACGACUAAUGCGUAGGAGAAAUUGAAACGA